AUGGAGGAUCUCCGCAAGAGGCACUGGAAGUUUGCGUACUUGUCGUACCUUCCCUACAUCGACGCCAAGGAGGAAGAUGGCCACAUCAGGCUUCUGGGCUUCAUCGGAAAGAUCGCUCAUGCGACGAUAGACUCUCUCCGACUGAACGUUACCUUCGUCAAGCCUAGAUACGGCAAUUUCGGCGGUGAGUCCGUAAACAACAGCUGGCCAGGCAUCGUUGGAAUGUUGGUCAAGAAGGAGGCAGACAUCGCUCCCGGGCCACUGGUGGUGACUGCCCAGCGCGUGUCAGUGGCCGAUCCAACAGUGCCCUACUCGUACGAAGAGAUGGUCAUCCUAGGAGGGAGGCCCAAGCAAUUCAGGAACAACCUUUUCAGCAUCGCGCUCACGUUUUCGCCAAUGGUCUGGAUGUUGAUCGUCACCAGCCUUCUGGCUUAUGGUUUGCUACAUUACAUCAUCGAAAAAACCUUGAGAUCCGGCUCAGAGAAAUCUCGCCCCUUGGGAUACUUCAUCUGGCAUUUCGUCACCAGCGUUCUUUCGGAGACCGUGCCCUGCUGGAGCAAGACAAACCCCGUCAGCCAGCGUGUCGUGACGUGCUUUUGGCUGAUAAGCGUCAUCGUGGUCACCACUUUCUUUACGGCGUUCAUGAAAGCCAGUCUUCUGGUCAAGCAGGAUGUCGAACGAAUCUGGGACAUAGAGGACCUGGCACGGGAGGAGAAGAUAAGACCAGUGUUGCUGCGCGGGUCUGGAUUCUACCAGGCCAUAAAGUUCACACACGUGGAGGCGUUCCAGAAGGUCUACCGACGUCUGGUGGAGCAGGGUGGCGCACUGCCUGCGGCAGAGCUGUUCAGUCUGUCGACGCUGCAAGAUAUCCAAGCCGAGCGUGCAGCAAUGCUCUUCACACGUGUGGCCAUCAAUCGACGACUGCACCGUCACUGCCCGAUGCUGCACGGCGAGUUCUACUAUGCCCGGCAUCCGGUCACCCAGGUGCCUAUGGCCAUGUUCGUGCGGAAGGGACUGCCCAGGGCCGUACGACGAACGCUGGACGCCAA